UGGUUUUGUGCUACGCUACCUACUAAUUAAGAUUAAUCCUUCAUGAAACCUGAAUGACUUCAUUGACACACCCCCCACCUCAAACUAUAAUAUUCUUCCAUUAAUUCCUUUUUUCCCAUUUAUGUGUAUAUAUACCACUUGUUGCUCAACACAAAUUCCUCAUUCCAGUUCAUUCAUCACAACUUUGAGGGGUUGCUUUUGGAAACAAAAAAACCCACCUAAGGUUUUUUUUGCAACCCCCAAAAUCUUGUGCUAAUAGCUUCAAAUUUCUCUCUAGAGAUUGUGGCUAUGACGACCAAUAAUCAUCCCAGUUCUUUGGCCUUUACAUUUGGCAUACUUGGUAACGUGAUAUCGUUCCUGGUGUACUUGGCUCCGCUGCCAACAUUUUACCGGAUAUUCAAGAAGAAAACAACAGAAGGAUUCCAAUCACUACCUUACUUGGUAGCAUUAUUCAGUUGUAUGCUAUGGUUGUACUACGCUUUUCUCAAAACAGAUGCUGUUCUUCUCAUCACUAUUAACUCUGUUGGAUGUGUCAUUGAGAUUAUUUACAUCACCAUCUUCAUAAUCUAUGCUACCAAUGAUGCCAGGAAAUUAACAGUAAAACUAUUUGCUGGAAUGAACAUGGGUUUAUUCGGGGUGAUCCUGUUUGUGACGCAUUUUGCACUAAAUGGUAUUCUCCGAGUUCAAGUUCUUGGAUGGAUUUGUGUCUCCAUUUCGGUCACUGUUUUUGCAGCACCUCUAAGCAUUGUGGCACAGGUUAUAAGAACAAAGAGUGUUCAAUUCAUGCCAUUCAAUUUGUCGUUUUUCCUCACAUUAAGUGCGGUUAUGUGGUUUGCAUAUGGUUUAUUUCUCAGGGAUAUCUGUAUUGCCCUACCAAACGUGUUGGGUUUUGCACUUGGGGUACUUCAGAUGCUGCUAUAUGCCAUAUACAGAAAUGGUGGUGGUGAUGUUGUUGUGAAGACACAAGAGAAGGAGAAGGAGAAAGAUCAGAAAGGAUUGGAUCUGGGAAUUAAGAACAUACUUGUGGUGAAUCCAUUGGGGGGUUGUGAAGUGUUCCCAAUACCAAUAGUGGAUGCUGCAAAGUGUGUUAAUGUUGUUGUUAAUGAUGAUGUCAAUGAUCAACAACUACAACAAGAUCAGAAGAAUCACCACAAAUCACCAGUGUGAUCUGAUCUAUCAGGGAUGUAGUCCAUACUAUACUACUAUGAAAACUUUAUAAUUGUCUUUAUAUAAAAAUAUUUUCUUUUCAUCUUUUGAUAA